AUGAAUGUCACCACUGUGCUAUGCUGUCGAAUGACUCCGUUGCAGAAAGCUUCCAUUGUUCAAUUGGUCCAGAUCGGUUUGGCUGAAAGUAAUCAUUCCAGAGGUCGAUCAAGUGGAGCACCGGUUACUGCUGCGGUUGGUGAUGGUGGUAAUGAUGUGGCCAUGAUCCUGCAGGCCAAUGUGGGGAUCGGGAUCUAUGGAAAAGAAGGCCGAGAGGCAACACGUGCUGCGGACUACGCGCUCCCUCAAUUUCGAUUUCUCCAACGUUUGAUUCUUGUACAUGGUCACUGGUCUUAUCAUCGCAUCACUUCAACCAUGCUUUUGUUCUACGAGAAAUGUGUCCUAUUCGUGACUGUUCAAAUUCUCAUGAACUUUUACGCUGGUUUCACCGCUGUCUCCUGGUUUGAAUCGACCUACUAUAUACUGUACAAUCUGGCCAUGACUGGUUUAAUGUACAUGACUCUUGGGAUCGCUGAGAAGGUGCUCACCGCGGACCAACUGCUCGCUCAUCCUCGGCUGUACCGACACAUCUCCAAUCAACGAAAUCUGCGUCUACAAAUUAUUCUGUUGCACGUUGCAAAUGGCAUGUGGCAAGGAGUGGUGAUUUUUUUUACAGUCUAUCUUGUUCUCCUUGGCACGGAUUUGUACAGUGCUGCGAUUUCCCGCGAUCCCGUCCAAAAAACCGGUGUGGAUUUGUUUGACUUCACACUGGCCGGAGCGUCCUGUUACAUGUACACUGUUCUGGUGGCCAAUCUGCGAUUGUUGAUCUAUGUACGUGACUUCAAUCUGGCAUUUGGCGUUACCAUCUUGGUCACAUUCGUGCUCAAUUUGACAAUUCUCCUCAUACUACAGGUAGUUGUUCCGCCAACUGACUUCCACCAUAAUCUCUACUACAAACUUGGCCAAAGUCUGUGUUUCUGGGUUAUCCUACCCAUUGUUGUGUACACGGCAUUAUUUCCUGCCCUUAUUUGGCGCAUUUUAUCGGAUAUGUGGUGGGAAAAACAAGUACAAAAGAAUUCUAUUUGUGCUCCUUGA